AUGGUGCACGACGGACGUGAGCAUUGGGAUGGACGUACGGAUCAACCGCGGCACGGAGGGCGACGCGGAUGGGGCAGACACCGCGGAGGUCAUCGAGGUCCUCGACAUGGUGGUGAUGCCCGCCAUGUCUCUGCGCCUCCGUUUGGCGGCGGGUCGUAUGGACCGCCACCGGAUCCAGCUCGCAUGCACCAGAUAGAUGUGACGCGCCGCGUCCACCAGUCGCUUUUCCAGCUCGGACAUGUCGAGCAGUUCGACAGUGUAGCUGAGAUUCCUAAAGUGUGUGCGUGGCUCGAGGAGCAGGCGCAGGAGUUUCCAGCUGCAGUCCUGUCGGCCUUUCGCAUCAUGGCGACAGAACAACCGCAUAAGACUGCUUUGACGGCCGCGUUGAUUGCACAUCUCGUGCUAGCGCCCUCAACACAGUCACUAAAUGAUCCUGACAACAAAACGCUCGGUAUUCGAGUGCUGGACCAUCUCGUGCACAUGUUUGGCCAGGACGUUGAUGCGCACUACUGGCGCAAUGCGCGUUUGGUCUUGCAUGUGCUUGUGGCCUUGGCCCCGUUAAGCAUCGUGUCGCCAGCAUCACUUCGGCGCACACUCAGCGCCUUUGUUGGUGUGCUUUCUAGUGACGGCGUCGCGCGUGACGUUGCGGAUCACGCCGCUGACUGUGUGAUCGAGGCAGUCUGUCGUGGAGGAACGGAUCUUCUCCAGCCAGAGCCAGGCGCAUUAGAGGCGUUGCCAAGUGCAAAAGAGGAGCUACAUACAAUAGUGGAUGGUAUCGUUGCCUAUGCUGAACGUCGUCGUUCAUCGCCUGAUGAGCUCAAGUCGCCGUUUCAUGUGGUCGGCCAAGGACACGACUUCCUGGCAGAAGAGGGUUUUUUGGACCGCGUGCGCGCAUUGAGCGGGAUGAAAGAAAAUGCAUAUGCGCGUGUAGCAUGCAUCGCAAGCGCGUGUGACCUGCUGAGUCCUGAGGUCACUGCUGCCACCAGUCCUGUGCCAGCCGAGCAACGCGUCUGGACCUUGCCAGAUCUGCACGUGGCGCCCGUCCGCAGUACUGUGUACGAUGAGCUGGAGGAUGAUCUGCUCGCUCCACCAAAGCAGCUGCAGACGGGCAAAGGCAUGAUCGAUGUCGUGCGUGCAAGAGUCGGCACACCCACGAUUGAUUCGGCGGCACGUUGGUUUGGCACGAGUGUACCAGCUGUGGGCAGUGCCGAGUCUGUUGUACUUCGAGGCAUCGUGCAGGAUCUCAUGGACUUGUACGUGGUGAAUCGAAAAGAGUGUGCGCAUGUGCUGUUGAUGCUUCCGCACUGGCUGCGUCGUGGCACAUUCGGCGGACGCGUACCGGCUUCCUGUGGCUUGUUUGGUGAGCCCGUUGUCGACGAGGAAAGUCGCGAGGCCGGCAGCACUGGCGAGUGGAUUUUAGAAGAUGUACUGUUGGAGGAAGCGUUGUCAACGAUGCUUUUGUUGCCGAAACCGCCACAGCUGGAGCUGUAUUACUCGUCGCUCAUGCGCGAGAUUGUGACACUAGCUCCGCAGCAGGUUGCUCCGUCGAUUGGGCGCACGAUUCGUCGGUUCUACGCUGCGUGUGGCGACGGGCUCGUGCAUGCUGAAGUGCUCCGUCGCGUGGCCGAUUGGUUCAGUGUGCACUUGAGCAACUUCAAGUUCACCUGGGCUUGGAACGAGUGGGCUGACGACAUGACACUUCCAUGGGCGCAUCCACGCCGUGCUUUGGCGCGUCGAAUUGUGGAGCUAGAGGUGCGUCUUGCAUACUAUGACCGCAUCAAAGGCACGCUGCCGCCUGAUAUGGAGACAUACAUCUUGCCGCCGCAUGAGCCUGCUCCAAGCGCAAGAUACACGCAAGCCUCGAGCCCACACCGUGCGAUGGCCGAGCAACUGUUCCAGUCCAUCAAAGCCAAGGCAAACGUUCAUGUGGUGCAGGCAGAUCUGCAAAGCUUCCAGCAAAGCAUCUUGGCACCGGCGACGGAUGUCCCAGACACCGAUGACGAGGCACGCUUUGUGGACUCGCCAGCAGAGGCCGAACGCCUAGUGCUCGACAUGGCGAUCCAAACACUCUUGUAUGCAGGCAGUCGGAGUUUCUCGCAUCUAUUGAAUGUAAUUGAGAGAUACCAUGAACUCCUGCGCUCUCUCUCUCAGACGCCAGAAGCGCGUGUUGCGAUUCUUCAAAGCACAGCUGCUUUCUGGACACACUCGCCGCAGUGGAUCCUGAUUGUGUGCGAUAAACUACUACAGUACCGGAUUGUCGAGCCCGUGGAUGUGGUGACGUUUGUGUUCGCUGACGAUGCACAGCGCGACACAGACCGUAGCGAUGAAGAGGAGUCAGCGGCUCCCUCAUCGCCUUUCGAUGUCGCUGCCACUCGCGUGCCAGAAUGGGGCGGCACACAUCGUGACUGGAGCUCCUUCCAUUGGUGGGCUAUGCUGCGCCUCACGAUGGACAAGGUCAUGGGUCGAGUGAAUCAGCUCACGCGCCGCGUGCAGGAUCUUCGUCGUCGCGCAGAUGACAAUCAAGCAGCGGCUGCAUCGGCCACAUCCACCGAAUUAGCACGUCAUCCGGCGUCUUCGUCUAUGGAAGAAGCGCAAGUUCAUCUCGAUGCCGUGCUGCUGGAGCAACGGAAAGUUCUCGUCACGAUCCUUUCUAGGCUUGUGCUGUUCUUGCAGGACAAGGCACAUGUGUCAAUCCAAGACGAGCCUGACAGCUGUGCCUGGCAAGUGUGGUGGGUCCGUGAAUGGUACCGAGCAUUUAUGGCCGUAUAUUAUGUUGUGGUCGCCGAAAACCGCGAGACGAUUCUUGCAAACGUAUUUGCCAGUGCAGCCUCCGAUGACGCGUGCCUCAUCUUGUUCGACAAGGCUUGUGCACUGGCACACCUUGACUGA